UUGGUUAGAGUUCAGUUCUAAAGCUUCAUCAUGCACGGAAGCAUGUUUCUACGUUUUGUGUUUAUAAUCUCGGCAAUGGUGCUACAAAUUGCCUCAUCUAAUGUUAUAGUAGAAAAAAUCGAGGAAAAAGUUGAAAACGAAUGUAAUUUAUCAGAAGACUUAAUUAACGAAAUACGUGGAUACAAAAAUGUAGUUUUGAAAAUAACCGAUCAUAUUCUCAAUGGCAAGUUUAAAGGAGAAGUCCAUAAGAGUCUCCAAACCUUUACGGAUAAGUUUGGCUCAAGAAUGGCAGGUUCAGAUUCAUUGGAAAAAUCUAUAGACUACAUGGAAGCUCUGCUUAAAAAUGAAGGACUUGAAAAUGUCCAUACCGAAGAAGCUAAAGUGCCUCAUUGGAUAAGGGGCUUUGAGGCAGCUAGUCUGGUUUUACCCAGGAAGGCAAAAAUAGAAAUUUUAGGACUUGGUACAAGUGUUGGAACACCUCGAGGUGGAAUUAUCGGAGAAGUUGUGGCUGUUCGGACCUUUGACGAACUGCGAAAAUUACCCGAUUCAGAGGUUAAGGGAAAAAUUGUUGUUUUUGCUCCCACUUGGCAAGGAUAUGGAGCAACAGCAAGUUAUAGAGGAUCUGGUGCAACGGAAGCUUCGAAAAAAGGUGCUAUUGCCGCUUUAAUUCGUUCAGCAACACCAUUUUCAAUUGGAUCACCACAUACCGGCUCACAAACAUACGCCCAAGGAGUUAGAAAAAUACCUGCAGCUUGUAUAACAGUUGAAGAUGCCGAAAUGAUCUUGCGAAUGUAUAAUGAAGGUGAAACUGUUCAAAUUCGCCUCGAAAUGGAUGACUAUAAUUUAGAACCAGUUACUUCACGUAAUACAGUCUCUGAAUUGCAAGGAACAAAAUCCCCAAACAAGUCAGUGGUUAUAUUGUCAGGCCAUUUAGAUAGUUGGGAUGUUGGUGUUGGAGCAAUGGAUGAUGGAGGUGGUGCUUUUAUCUCAUGGAAAGCUGUGAAAUUCCUUAAAGAAAUGGGUCUCAGACCAAAACGUACAAUUCGAUCUGUUUUAUGGACUGGUGAAGAAUAUGGUUAUUAUGGUGCUAAGGAAUAUCAAAGAACACAUAAGGAAAAUGAAGCUGAAGAAUUUAACUUUUUUAUUGAAUCGGAUACUGGUACCUUCGAUCCAGUUGGAUUAGACUUCACUGGAAAUAAGGAAGCUGAAUGCAUAUUUAGAGAAGUUUUAAACUUGAUGGCCCCUCUUAACGCAACACAAUUUGAGACACCAGCUGAUGGUGGACCUGAUAUAUCAGUUUGGCUUAAUCGUGGAUUUCCAGGAGCUUCACUUUUGAACAAAAAUGAUAAAUAUUUUUGGUUCCAUCAUACAGAAGGUGAUAGGAUGUUGGUUGAGGAUCCUGACAGCUUGGACCGUUGUGUAGCAUUGUUUGCUUCAACUGCAUAUAUAAUUGCGGAUUUAAGCGUUGAUAUUCCCAAAGAAAUUAAAAAUUAAUUAGAAAUAAAUAAAGAA